AUUUUUCCACCUUCCCCUCCCCUCCCCUCUCAGGUGUGCUCCUCUCCUCUCUAUUUACAGGAAAAGAGAGGAGAGGGGAGGUGCACACCUGAGAAUGAAGUCAGUUCAGACUUCAUUUGACAUUUUGUACCGACCGCAGAGCAGGAGGGUGAAAACACGUGUUACUGGUUCACCUCUCAGACUGGAGAAGAUGAGUUAUUUGGAGGAAGAGGAGGACAGAUCAGAGUCUCCAGGAUCCAGCUGUCUGUCUGUGAAGAGUGACUUUUCCAAAGAGGAACCUCUAAACUUCAGUAAUGAACCUGGACCUUCAGACACAAAACAGAGAGCAGAGUCUCCAGGAUCCAGCUGUCUGUCUGCGAAGAGUGAUCGGUCCAAACAUGAUCCUCCUUUCUUCAGUAAUGAACCUGGACCCUCAGUCACAAAGAGUCAUGGGAGACCGAUUCUUCUAGAGAAGAAGAGGAGGAGUCGUGUUUCUGUGGAGGAGCAGCCGUCCUGCUGUGCUUUGUGUCGGGACGUCCUGAAGGAUCCAGUCUCUACCAGCUGUGGACACUGGUUCUGCAGACGGUGCAUCACCUCAUACUGGGACCAGUCUGCUUCAUCAGGAGACUCCUCCUGUCCCCAGUGUGGAGAACGAUCCAGAACAAGACCUGGACUGCAGACAGCCAGCCAGACCAGCACUGUACAAACAGAAAGUGGUCUGCAGGAGGUUUUAGAUGAACAUAGGAUCAGUCUGAGGAGGAGAUGUGAACGUGUGACUGAAGGAAAUGAUGAAACAGGAAGUGGAACCCUCCUCAACAGGAUCUUCACUGAGCUCUACAUCACAGAGGGACCGAGUGAAGAGGUUAAUACCCAACAUGAGGUGGGGCAGCUUGAGACAGCUUCCAAGAUGGAGACCCUCCAUGACACUCCAAUCAAGUGCCACGACAUCUUUAAAGCCUUACCCGGCCAACAGAGACACAUCAGAGUCGUUCUGACGAACGGCGUUGCUGGCGUUGGAAAAACCUUCUCGGUGCAGAAGUUCGCUCUGGACUGGGCAGAGGGCUUGGAAAACCAAGACGUCAGUCUGCUGAUUCUGCUUUCGUUCAGGGAGCUGAACUUGAUCAGAGAUGAGCGGUACAGUCUUCUCCAGCUGCUCCAUGUUUUCCAUCCAACAUUACAGAAGGUCACAGCAGAGAAGCUCGCUGUCUGGAAACUUCUGUUCAUCUUUGACGGCCUGGAUGAAAGCAGACUUUCACUGGAUUUCCACAACAAUGAGGUUGUGUCUGAUGUCACACAGGAGUCAUCAGUCAACGUGCUGCUGACAAACCUCAUUGAGGGGAACCUGCUUCCCUUGGCUCUCGUCUGGAUCACUUCCCGACCUGCAGCAGCCAAUCAGAUCCCUCCUUCAUGUGUUGGCAGGGUAACAGAAGUACGAGGCUUCACUGACGCCCAGAAGGAGGAGUACUUCAGGAGGAGAGUCAGUGAUGAAGAGUUGUCCAGCAGAAUCAUCUCGCACAUCAAGACAUCCAGGAGCCUCCACAUCAUGUGUCUAAUCCCAGUCUUCUGCUGGAUCACUGCUACAGUUCUGGAGCACAUGUUGACUACAGACCAGAGAGGAGAGCUGCCCAAGACCCUGACUGACCUGUACUCACACUUCCUGCUGGUUCAGACAAAGAGGAAGAAGCAGAAGUACGAUGAGGGUCAUGAGACGAGUCCACAGGAGCUGAUGGAGGCUGAUAGGAAGGUUCUUCUGAAGCUGGGGAGGCUGGCGUUUGAACAGCUAGAGAAAGGAAACAUCAUGUUCUACCAGGAAGACCUGGAGCAGUGUGGUCUGGAUGUCUCAGAGGCCUCGGUGUACUCAGGAGUUUGUACAGAGAUCUUCAGAAGAGAAAGCGUGAUCUUCCAGAAAACAGUCUACUGCUUUGUUCAUCUGAGCGUUCAGGAGUUUCUGGCUGCCGUCUACAUGUUCCACUGUUACACUGACAGGAAGACAGAGGUACUGAAGGACUUCCUGGGGAAAGACUGGAAACGCAGAGGCUCAAACCCAAAGUCUUUUCUCAAGAAGAGUUCUACGUUUUUUGGAAAUGACUCAUCCCUGGAUGUCUUCCUGAGGAGCGCCAUGCAGAAAUCCCUUGAAAGUGAAAAUGGCCACCUGGACCUGUUUGUCCGCUUCCUUCAUGGUCUCUCUAUUGAGUCCAACCAGAGACUCUUAGGAGGCCUGCUGGGUCAGACAGACAACAGUCCAGAAAUCAUCCAGAGAGCCAUCAACAACCUGAAGGAGAUGAACAGUGAUGAGAGCUCUCCUGAUAGAAGCAUCAACAUCUUCCACUGUCUGACGGAGAUGAACGACCACUCAGUCCAUCAGGAGAUCCAAGAGUUCCUGAAGUCAGAGAACAGAUCAGAGAAGGAACUCUCUGAGAUCCACUGCUCAGCUCUGGCCUACAUGCUGCAGAUGUCAGAGGAGGUUCUGGAUGAGUUGGACCUGGAGAAGUACAGAACAUCAGAGGAGGGACGAUGGAGACUGAUUCCAGCUGUGAAGAACUGCAGAAAGGCUCUAUUGAGGCUCUGCAGUUUGUCAGAGAUCAGCUGUGCUUCUCUGGCCUCAGCUCUGAAGUCCAACCCCUCCCAUCUGAGAGAUCUUGACCUGAGUCUCAACAAGCUGCAGGAUUCAGGAGUGAAGCUGCUGUCUGCUGGACUGGAUAGUCCACACUGCAGACUGGAGACUCUGAGAUUGAUUCGCUGCAGUUUGUCAGAGAUCAGCUGUGCUUCUCUGGCCUCAGCUCUGAAGUCCAACCCCUCCCAUCUAAGAGAUCUGGACCUGAGUGACAACAAGCUGCAGGAUGCAGGAGUGAAGCUGUUGUCUGCUGGACUGGAGGGUCCACACUGCAGACUGGAGACUCUGAGAUUGAGGGGCUGCAGGUUGUCAGAGACCAGCUGUGCUUCUCUGGCCUCAGUUCUGAAGUCCAACCCCUCCCAUCUGAGAGACCUACAACUGAGUUACAACAAGCUGCAGGAUUCAGGAGUGGAGCUGCUGUCUGCUGGACUGGAGAGUCCACACUGCAGACUGGAGACUCUGAGGUCAGACACCAUCUGUGGUGACACUAAACUGCAGACAUGAGGCUGAUAUUAUAUUGAUCCACACUGAGUAUCUUCAUGCUAAAGUCUGUUUUCUUCUUCAGUGGUUUAGUCCAUUGACUGUGGCAGAGCGAUGUUGAGCUACACAUUUAAAUCUGAAACAAGAAAAAUCUCCACUGGAUAAUUCCCUCUGCACCUCAAUAAACCUAAAUAAACUCUGUUUCAACUACCAGGCAAUAACAAAUAUAUUCAUUAUUUGCUUUUUCCAACAUGUUUAUGAAGCUAUAUGAUGCUUAUACUGACUGAAGAGUUUAAACUGAAGAAGCUUUGAUUUUAUGACUCCACUAGUCCUAAAAGAAACAUUGUAGAUGUCUUUUGUUCACUUUUCCCCAAAUUCAUCCUGACAUAUUUGGCAUCUUUGGAAACUUUGGGAUCUUGAUUCGAAUCUUAAAUCAAAUCUUAAAUGUCGUCUAAAAUUACAUCAUUUAUUCUUUAUUCAGAUUGAUUCGCUGCAGUUUGUCAGAGAUCAGCUGUGCUUUUCUGGCCUCAGCUCUGAAGUCCAACCCCUCCCAUCUGAGAGAUCUGGACCUGAGUAACAACAAGCUGCAGGAUUCAGGAGUGAAGCUGCUGUCUGAUCUUGUGAAGAGUCCACACUGUAGACUGGAGACUCUGAGAUGAGUCCGAUGUCAAACUGGAUGUGAAAGAAAACCUGCGUGAGGACGAUAAAAAGGGGAGAAAGGAGCAGCUGCUGUGUGAAGUGCUCCAGUAUAAACCACGAUUGACUUUACUUUAAACACGUGAUGAAUUACAACUGCAAACAGAAAUUACACUUAAAGUGUUGUAAAUUAAAAUGACUCAUGAACAGUU